AUGGCCUGCCCGCAGUGCGUGAAGCUCAAGCAGAAGGAGCCCGCGGGCUUCGACGGCGGCGGCUUCGGCGUCGUCUAUUUUUGCACCCAGGACUGCUUCAAGGCGAACUGGAGCGCGCACAAGAAGAGCCACAAGCCCUGGGCGGCGGCCAUCGACGUCGCGACGCCCCUCGACCCCGAGGAGGCGAAGCGGCCGCCGGACUGCUUCCGGGGCUACUCGGACUACACGGGCGACCUGCGGCCCUGGGCGUACCCGAAGGACGACACGGCGGCGCGCCUGCGGCGGCUGCCGGCGUCCAUCGCGCGGCCGGACUACUCGCAGACGGGCCAGCCGAGGAGCGAGCAGAUGGAGAAGCGGAACCGCGCGAUCCGCGUCUACAGCGCCAAGGACAUCGCGGGCAUCCGCGAGGUCUGCAAGAUCGGCCGCAAGGUGCUCGACGCCGCGGGCCGCGCCGUCGGCCUGGGCGUGACGACGGCGGAGGUCGACCGCGUGACCUACGAGACGACCGUCGAGCACGGCGGCUACCCGUCGCCGCUCAACUACUACGACUUCCCCUGCAGCGUUUGCACGUCCGUGAACGAGGUCAUCUGCCACGGCAUCCCCGACCUGCGGCCCCUCGAGGAGGGCGACGUCGUCAACGUCGACGUCUCCGUCUACUACGGCGGCUACCACGGCGACCUCAACGAGACGUUCAUCGUCGGCAAGGGCGCGGACGAGGACUACCGGCUGAUCGAGACCGCGUUCAAGUGCCUCAUGGCCGGCGCGAACCUGAUCCGGCCGGGCACCAUGUACCGCGACGUCGGCGGCGCCGUCGAGCGCGUCGCCAAGGCCGCGAACUGCUCCGUCGUGCGCACGUACUGCGGCCACGGCAUCGGCGAGUUGUUCCACACGGCGCCGAACAUCCCCCACUACACGAAGAACAAGGCCACGGGCAUCAUGAAGCCGGGCCACAUCUUCACCAUCGAGCCCAUGAUCAACCUCGGCGUCUGGCGCGACCGCACCUGGCCCGACCAGUGGACCGCCGUCACCGCGGACGGCAAGAAGUCCGCGCAGUUCGAGCACACGUUCCUCGUCACCGACGACGGCUACGAGAUCCUCACCAUGCGCGACGACGAGCCCAAGAUGGUCUGGGACAUCGCCAAGCAGCAGAGGUAG